GCGUUAAGCGCGAGUGAUUUACAUGUUAAGUCAAUGCAAAGACGCAAAUAGACAUCUUGCGGCACGAAUUGAGCGUUUGAUGCGUGAGAAUCGCACGAGUUGAAAAAUCUGAACUUUGGCGAAAAUUCACGCCGCGUUAACCAAUCAGGAGCUUGCUCUAGUAGUGACGUGAUUAUGAUGUAGCGAGCGGCGGGAAUCCAAAACAACAAUGGAGGACAAAGUAAUCGUCACUGUUUGUGGACACACAAAGCUGUAUGAUACAUAUUCAUAUCAUUACAGAAACAGGAAUAAAAACGAUCUUGCUUGGAGGAAAGUGAGUGAGGAGGUCGGACAAUCUGGUAAGUUGUAAAAAACUCUCUUUACUCAAUUUGAGCUAUAUAUAUACAUAUUGAGACUACGAGCUAGUUAAAGGCGGGAACUUGAGCUUAUACGCCGUAUUUUACUACUUUCCCGCUGAAGAAUUGAUGUGUUUAUUCAGAGGAAGUGUGCAGAAAGAAGUGGAAGAGUCUGAGGGACACAUAUUUAAAGGAGAGGAGAAAGGAGACGGAGAAGAGGAGUGGGUCAGCAGCAGGGUCAGAGAAAAAGUGGAAGUACUCUGCGGUCCUGUCUUUCCUCGACCCCUUCGUCUCCCCACGGGGAAUCAGGCCGCAGGGUACGACCACCCCGAGGACCAGGGCGAGACAGCAGCAGCAGCAGCAGGGCAGUCAGAGACAGAGCCGACUGGUUCUUUUGAUGGCAGUGAGCCUGGGUCCCUUUUGCCAGAACCUGCUGCUGCUUCUGCUUCCCCUGCCGGCCCUUCAACAUCUGCUGCUGUGCCCACAGUGCCGCCAAGAAGAAGAGCUCAGAAAAGGCCUAGGGAGCAGCCAUCGGAGGUGGAGCGGCAGCUCCUGGAAGCACUCCGGACCCGUCCUGAAGCUCCAGCGACGCCUCCACGCUCAGAGGAUGAGCUCUUCCUCUUGAGUCUGGUCCCUUCCCUGCAGAGGUUGCCGCCUCAGACGAAAGAUUUCGUCAAAUUUCAAAUCCACAAAUUAAUUUACGAAAGCAGCACAGUUCUGCUUAAUUUGGAACAAUUGGAGCCUCAAUAGAAGUUUUAAAAAAGAGGCAGCAAUCUCUGCAGGGAAUGAACCAGACUUUCUCUCCUUUCUCCUCUCCUUCACUUUGGCCCUCACUCUUCCCUCUUCCAAGCAAGAUCCUUUUUAUUCCUGCAUGUAAAUAGUUGUAAAUGUUCUUUGUAUAUAGUUUUUAAUUUUUUAUUUGAUUAGUGCGUAGCAAGAUCCUUUUUAUU